AUGACUGCUUCCGCUCUAAUGACUAAACUUCGAGUGUCCGGAAUUUAUCGGAGGUGGUGUUACUCCCGUGAAUUCACGUGCCGGGCAGCUGUCAAUCAGCUGCGGAGGGAGCAAGGCGCUGCGCCUCUGGCCGGUAAAGUUGAUCGCUUCGGCGGCGUCACGGUGGACCUGGCGGACGUCGGUGUGCCAGAGGACAUAAGUGAAAGUGCUUUCAGCGGCUUACUGACAGAUUCUUUGGCCAGAUGGAAGGCGGAGGGCAAGGUGGCCGUGUGGCUCCGGGUCCCCAUCGCGAUGAGCCGAUGCGCUGCCGCAGCAUCCGCCCAAGGCUUUAGCUUCCAUCAUGCCCAGGACCGCCACGCCGUGUUGUCACUCUGGAUGGGUGAAGGAGAAAGUAGACUGCCUCGCUAUGCGACUCACCAAAUCGGAGUAGCGGGCGCAGUGGUCGAUGAGUCCAAUGGAAAAGUUCUCGUGGUGCAAGACAAGAACAAGACAAAAAAUGCCUGGAAAUUCCCUGGCGGCCUGUCGGAUCCCGGAGAGAAUAUCGGAGUAACGGCGGUGCGGGAAGUCUUGGAGGAAACAGGCAUCCACUCCGAGUUCCGAUCAUUGCUGAGCAUCCGUCAGCAGCAUAACCACCCGGGUGCCUUCGGCAUGUCAGACAUCUAUGUUAUCUGCCGCCUAAGUCCCCUCAGCUACGACAUCCACUUCUGUACGCACGAGUGCGAGCGCUGUGAUUGGCUAACCCUUGUGGAGUUGGCGUGUACCGCUGACACCACACCCAUUACGGCCCGCGUGGCCAGGCUGCUGCUUCACGGAUUGGAGCACGGGUUUGACAAGAUCGACCUCACCAUGGAGGAGCUACCCGCUGUCUACUCAGGGAUGUUUUACCAGCUCUAUCAUCGAGAGAUUCCUCGGUCCUAG